AUGGAAUAUCGUAAUGUUUGAGUUAUUCUUUUGUCUAUGUCAUCCAAGCCAGAGGCGGCGGUAGUGAGCACAGUUAGCUGAGUGUUGGCACCCCAUAGGAGUGGCCCAAAUGUUUCGACAUCACCUCACCCGGCGUGAACGAAAGCGGCUAAGCUAGAUGGUACUUCGACUCGGCAGCUAACGUUGGGGAUUUGCAUUUCAUAGGGAAGAGAUAUUCAUUUAUCUCAUCGUUGAGUCAGACCAUAACACCAUGGCGCUUUACGAAUAUGUCACUCAGGAGCAGCUUGCGGGCUUCGACAAAUAUAAGUACAGCGCAGUGGACUCGAAUCCCCUGUCUGUCUAUGUCAUGCACCCUUUCUGGAACUUUGUGGUGAAGUUUCUACCAACAUGGCUGGCUCCAAACCUCAUUACAUUCACGGGCUUUAUGUUCCUUGUGUUCAACUUCCUUAUGUUGGCCUUUUACGACUUUGACUUCACUGCAUCUGCUGCAGGACAUGAACACGUGCCUAGCUGGGUCUGGGUUGCUGCAGGAAUCUUCAACUUCUUGGCCUAUACACUUGAUGGUGUCGAUGGUAAACAGGCGCGUCGCACCAACUCCUCCACACCACUAGGGGAGCUUUUUGACCACGGCCUGGACAGCUGGGCCUGCAUCUUCUUCGUGGCCACCGUGUACUCCAUAUUUGGGCGAGGCGAGAGCGGCGUGGGCGUGGCCACGCUGUAUUACAUCCUGUGGGUGGUGCUGUUCUCCUUCAUCCUGUCUCACUGGGAGAAAUACAACACUGGUAUCUUGUUUCUGCCCUGGGGAUACGACAUCAGCCAAGUGACUAUCUCCCUGGUUUACUUGGUCACUGCUGUGGUCGGUGUGGAAACAUGGUACCAGCCAGUCCUGUUCCACCUCCUUUACAGAGACCUUUUCACCUUUAUGAUCAUUGCCUGUUCCUUCACUGUGACCUUACCCAUGAGCCUCUACAACGUCCUGAAGGCUUACCGCAGUAACACUCUGAAGCACAGCAGUCUGUAUGAAGCUUUCCUGCCCUUCCUCUCUCCCGUCCUCCUCUUCAUCUUGUCCACCAUUUGGGUGGUGUACUCUCCAUCCAACAUCCUUGAGCUGCAGCCCAGGAUCUUCUACCUCAUGGUGGGAACAGCUUUCGCUAACGUCACGUGUAAGCUGAUUGUGUGUCAGAUGAGUAACACACGUUGCCAGGCGCUGAGCUGGCUGCUGCUGCCCAUGUUGGCGGUGGUGUUGUUAGCAGUCACAGGGGUGGUCGCCAACGAGACGCUACUGCUGUAUCUGUGGACAGCCGCUGUCAUACUAGCGCACAUACACUACGGUGUAUCAGUGGUACAGCAACUCAGCAACCACUUCAACAUCUUUGCCUUCUCCCUGAAGAAGCCUAACAGUGACUGACAGGAGGAGGAACGAAUCGGCUUGAAAGGAGCGGAGGUUUAAGCUCCUCCCCUCCUCUACUCUACCGACACGUCACUCUCAUCACCGCGGAAACCGCAUCCCCUCCCCUCCAUCCAUGAGGACGCCGCAAGUGGAACUGACCAUGGCUCUCUUUUUCCACGGUCUCCAAACACACAUAAAGACACAGCGCGCACACACAUUUAUAACCAACCAACCAAACUCUGGUCUCUGCGAUGGGGGUGGACCCAGGGGGGUUCUGGCUUCCGUCAUUGGUGAUUGGCUCACUUGGUUGAGCCAAUGAGGUACAAUUGUUUCCUACGGAAAUGUGCUUCAGUCGUGAGGAGCCCAGACGAGCCAUGCAAACGCACACACACACACACACACACAUAUUAUUAACACACAUUAUUCUGCUUUCAUGCAGAUAAUUUAUAUCUUGUGGCAGGUAUUUCAGUACAAACACAGCCACACACGCAAACACACACACACACACACUUGCACUCACAUAGUAUUAUGAAUGUAUAAUAUGCCUUGGGGAAACGCCAUUUCAGUUAAUUGCAUUAACAGGAAUGCCUGAAGUAGUGUUGUUUCAAACGUCAAACCUCUGAACUCUGGCCACAUGUGGCUCACAAUCCACAGCUGUGUCCAGAGUUUAAAGGUUCAGUCACCUGUUAAUCAUGGGAUGAUUUUCAUUUGGAACUUUUGGUGAUAUAUGUUAAUAACUAUAUAUACUGUAUAUGUUAACUGGUUUGGGACAUUUUCUUUUCAAUGAAAUGAAACUUAAAAAAAAAAAGAUGAUUGGUCCUGUAAAACAUUGUAUAAAUUUCCCUCUAAUUAAUUCCACACUCAGCUCUGUAGCAUAAUGGCUGUCAUGAGUACACAGAGUUGAAUGUUGACCACCUAUGGCAAGAAAUGACCAGGGUAACCUCUGACCUUUUGAACUUUACUAACCUUUGACCUCUGUCUGAGCACUGGCCUCCCAGCUCUCCCUACCCUCUGAGGUGUCGUGUCUUCAUGCUGAUUCGUUCUAUUUUUAUUUUUAACAUUUUUUAUAUAUAUACCUUUAUUGGUAUUACUUGUUGGUCUGCUGCCAUGGCAAUGGUGUGUGGUUUAGUUGCGCAACGCUUGAAUGAAGAGUGUGUCCAAAAACCAUAAACGGAGCGGACUCACUCUGAGGGAACAAGCCGUUGCACUGGACACCGCAAACGCCACAAACACCGCCUGGUGUCACGCUCUCCUGCUCACACACACAUACUAUUAUCACAUCUUUUAUACGGUCUGUCACAUAACUUGUGUAUUGGUUGUGUUUUUUUGUUUAUUUGUUUGUUUGUUUUUUCAGUCUGUUAAACACUGUUCCUCUGUGCUAUUCAAACAAUGUUUCCAUGGUGAUGAUGCAUUUUCAGUAGUGGCUGCAGACUGAACUAAGCUAGUUUUCACUGCAGGGCCAAAAUAAGAGAAUAUGAGAAAUUCUGCCAUUGUUUUCAGAUCACAACAGUUUGUCAGUGUGAUUGUGGUUUGGAGGGAAUAAGUUAUUUUGUGUGUAACUUGACUCUUUUAAAUCUCUUUAGGCCCUGUGGUUGAAAAGUCUGCCUACCAAGAAAAAACUGAUUGAAACGUAAAUGAUCAAUGUGGAGCCAAGAAAAAUGGAUUCUAUGAGUCUUAACUAACAUGAUCAAACCCUAGUUCUCAUCCAAACUGGAAACAAACCACAGAGGCUGGUGGGGCUCUGGUUUACAUGUCAUGCCUCACGUGUUAAAAUAUACCUUAAUAUACCAACUGUCAGAAAAGCCUUGUGUCAGUUAUCUGACUGAACAUGGAGUGUGAAUGUGAAUGUCCAGUCACAGUGAUAAUACUUAAGAAUUAAAAGGUACAUAUGAAACACCGGGGCAAAAAGUAAAAAUAUAAUUGUAUUUUCAACUUCAGUUUUGUUUAUGUUUUUAUCACUCAUCAGAGGUUUUUGUACAUGAACUGUCAUUGAGCAGCAGCGAACAUUUAGGCACAACCUUGUAGUGUCCCUGCUGUACCAUCUUGUCUGGGAGGAACAAAAUACAUCCACUUCUACUGCCAUAAUACCCAGCAAAGUAGCUCAUGUUGUUUUCCAGUAUCUUUGCGUGCAUCUGGGGAAAGCUUGCAUGCAGUGAUAAGCACAUUAUAAUAGUUGACGUUUGAUUUGAUGAAGUACUUUUUAAUGUGGCCCCACAUCUGUGACUGUGGAGACUAGAUUGUAGUGACGUGAGAACAACUGACUGUGAGAUUUCACCACUAGAACUGUUUUUUCUGGUGGGUAUAUGCACUGUCUGGGUAUGUGCAGAUCGAUGUGUACUGUUAAUGUCUGUGUGUGUUCUCCGUAUGUGUGGAUAUCUGUGUAAAUACAUACAUUAUUUCAUUUUUAUUUUAUUUUGUUCUUUAAAACGGGGUUAUUUUCUCCAAACGUUUGACAGGUGAACUGGUAGACCAGGAGACGAUGUCAGUCAGCAGCGUUCUCAUUGUCAGAUCCAAACCCUGCAAAGGUACCAGUUCCUACAUCUGACAACAUUUUUUUAAAAACAAUUUUCAUCUCUGCUGCUCUACUUACUGAUUGAAUCGUCCUUCAGGUCUUUUCUCUGGGAUAGUUUGGAGGCUGCAAACACUACAAACAAUGCUAAAUGCAACAAGGCAUUUCAUAUCAUUAUUAGAGAAAUAUUCUGUCACCAGGAUGAGGGAAACUGGCAGAAAAAUAUGAGGACAAACAACAAGUCUCACUCAACUGAUCAAUAAAUCAGUUUCUUUAGAAUCAGAAUCUUCAUUUUCACAGCUACUUUUCUGGGCAUUUUUUGUAGUGUGCUCCUCAGCUUUACUCACCACUUUCUAGGACUACUUUCUUAAUUCUCCCCCUGGAUCAAUGAACCAAGCUGUUCAAAUUGUGACUAAGUUGUUGUACAAAGCUGCUCUGGCAAACGCUCCAGGGCCUCAGUGUGGCUACUUGUGAUGUUCUAUUUAACCAGUGAAAGAAAGGACUGUCCAGAAACAAAUAAAAGUGAAUUUUUCUUUAACCAUG